UUAGGUUUGGGAAUGCCUUGGGCGCGACCUUGGCUUGGGUACCUUGUACAUACAUAAUUGGCAGAGGGCUGUCUGGUCUUUAAUUGAUGUCUGGCGCCGGCUAUAGCGCAGUCCACCGGCUAGGUUUCUCCUUCGGCGCCUCGCCUUUCUGGGCUCUCCAAACAAGGCCCGUUAGUCUGGCGCGGGCUGAAGGGCCGGUCGGUGCAAAGUAUGCGGUACUUGGAUGGUUACCUGGGCGGUGGUGCUGGCUGUGGCGGGCUUGCAGGUACUCGCAGCGCCGCCCGCAAGUACUGCGUACUCCAUGCGCGGCAUGGCAGGGCCAAUGUACCGACAGAGGCACGCAGAGGUACCUUGUCUCUGCCGACCGUGGGCGAGUUGUGGAUUCGAUUCAUCUUCUCUUGAAUCUUCACUCACUCACUUCCUUCUCACCACCAGCCUGCCAUUCGGAUUCCCCUCUGGCGGCUACCCAUCAGGGCCUCUGCGCUGCUCGAUAGCUGCAACAAUCACACUCACCUGCGACGACGAGCCGUGACACUGCCGCCACCUCGCUGGCGCGCUUCCCCCUCGGAAUCUGGACCCCCCGGAAACCAUGGUCCUCAAGGAAUUUCUCGACUCAGACCGAGUCAACUUUCUCAUCUGGAGGUAUUUGCUUGAAGGCAGUACGUGGAAUCGCAUAGCAUUCUCCCUCUCUACUCCUCGUAGGACUGGACCAAGGAUAGAAUCUAACCUGUG